UAUUUUGCCAAGCAAAUCACUUUAGAAAGAGAAAACAUUUUCAAUUACUUUUAAAUCAGAACUUCUUACUGUGCCAGUUUUCCGUACAGAAGUUGGACUGUACCCACUCACACACGUCACCGGCACACUCCCACUCUCGCACACACUCACAAACUCGCGCCCACGAGUCUUUGGAGAUUUGCACAAGUGCAAAGACACGAAAAAACAAACGCCAAAAGAAACGAAAGAGGAAAAACAAGAGAUUUUAUUGUUGUUGUUGUUGUUGUUGUUGUUGCCAGCCUUGACUAGAGCGAAAAAAGCCCAAACUAAAGUAAAGUCAGUUAAAUAAUUACUCGGAAAUUGCACAACGCCGUUUGAUUGCAGCCACCGAAAGAGAAAAAACAGAUAUCAAGACAUCAAGUAACAAAAAAAAAAAACCCCACGAACAGCGCUUAAUUGUCUCAUAAUUGUGGAAAUAUAUUCAGCUGAUUAUGAGAGAGACAAGCCAACAGAUACACAAACAGAAACAAAAACCAAAUUAAUUAUCAGUGAGUGGAGUGACCGUACUUAGUAUUUUUUAUGUUCUUCGAUUCAGGCGAUCCAGUAUAAAAACAGAGAAAAAAAAGCAGACAAAAACUCACGGAAAUGGAUUACAUUGUGAAGGCCUACAAAGAUUGGAAACUGCACUCGCAGUUUCAAGAGAUUGUACCCGACAUGGAUGACUCGGAAUUCAUGUUUAACGAGAAGCAAUCGAUUCGGGACUCCGGGCGCACCUUGAAGCGCUACGGGAGUACCUGCUGCAACAGCCUCCGGAACAAUGAAACCCUCAUCCGUCACAUCGUCGAGAAGACGGACACACUGCAGGGCAUCGCCCUCAAGUACGGAUGCACGACGGAGCAAAUAAGACGGGCCAACCGCCUCUUCGCCUCGGACAGUCUGUUCUUGCGUCAGUUUCUGUUGGUUCCCGUGGAGAAGAACUCACCUUACUAUCCCCAGGUGUCUGGUGAUUCGAUAGCCGCCUUCGAUGCGGUAUUGGCCACACCUCCGGGCACACCGGAUGCCAAUGGUCAGCGGGAGGCGCACAACAAUGCCAAUAAUCUGAGCCAGAGCAACAACAGUUUUAUGAAGAGCAACGAUAUCAGCAGCAGCAGUAGCAGUAGCAGCAGCAGUGGUAGCAGCAGCAGUUGCAACACAAGUGGCUCCGGCCCAACUUCCGGAGGAUCGCGCUCCGGCGGCAACCAACAGCAGCAGCAACAACAGCCCCCACAAAGACCGUACUCGAUAGCCGGGGAAUUGCUGGUUGUGCAGGCUGGUGACGAGGAUCCAGAAAUGAUGCAUGGUCAUGGUGGAUGCAGUGGCAAGCAGAGUAAGAGCUUAGACUCGGUGGCCGCAAUGACGCCCGAGGAGGAGAACCGGAAAUGUAUGAAUGAUUUUCUCAAUAAAAUUGACAACACCAUUUCGGAGUCGCGCAAAUAUGUGGAGCGUUCCAAGGACCUGGUCAGCAGUCAGAGUGAUGCGGACAUCUGCAUCAGUGCCACCGCCGAUAUUUUCCCACAGCGUCGCCAUCCGCUAAACAACUCCUAUAAGACCAACAACAACGACCGUCCGUCCCAGUAUCAGCGGCACAGUUCGACGGGCAGCGGGAACUCCUCGGAUACGGCGCACCUGUUAAACACAACGCAGACUCGACGAGUUCAGAAUUCACUGAAGCGUCUGGAGAAGCAGCAGGACGACUUCUUUGAGUUGUAGCAUCCGUCUGGGAGUCGAAAUCUAGCCUAAUUACGCAGAGAGUUAAUUUUACAAUUCGUUUUUAAUUGCCGCGCAUUGUUGGGGGAGAUGACUUAUGUAUGUCAGCAUGUUACAUCACACGGAAAUGCCGCACUCUAAAUGUAAUAUAAAUAAUGAUAUCUAUCGACACGUAUGAGCGAUACCUUACCUAUACGAUUAAACAUAAAUGUAACUGAGCUAAAACCUAAACUAAACUAUAUUACCUAAACUAAGCGCUGCGCUAUGUAAACCUGUAGUACGAUGACAAGGCAGUUAUGUCCUCUCCUUAUAUAUUUUUUGUUGUGAUCUUGUGUCAGCCCUGUAUAAUUGCCGCCAAUUUGCUUGCAAGAUCCGAUCUGAUCCGAUCCGAUCCGGAAACCUUCUGUCUUUUGUCCGGCCCUCCUGCCCCCAUUAUGUUUACUUUUUGUAUGACUCUAGCUUUAAUCACACUGUGUAUAAUUUAGUUAUGAGAAUUAUUAAUGUUAAUUGUAUAUAGUCGCCAGAAAACACAUCAAUCUACUGGACUGCUCUGACCGCUAACACGAAAUUGGCCAACUGUUGACGUGUAAUUUUAAUUUAUUCUUUAGCUUUCCAAAGUAUUAAACCGCAAAACUGAAAAUAAAUACUGUUCUAUUAAAAACUGUAACCUCAAUUGUUAAACAAGCAUCCACCACAAAACAAACAAUAUAUAUCUAUGUAUAUCCCAGAAACCUCAAUAUCGAACUGCACUCAUAUCGAGCCAAGUCAUGUUGUACGUGAGAAUGUUUUAUAAAAAUAAAGUGAGAAUUGUGUUGGAACAAA